UGUAACAGUUUGUGACAGUUCAUAGUUGUGACAGCAGAUUGAUAUUUUAAUUUGAGUGAAUUAACGGACUUCAUUGACGAUUGAUUGUAAGGACGUUAAUUGGUCUUAAAUUGCGAGAAUGGACGAGGAGAUGGAUGCCGUGAAUGAGGAAGUUUCUCCAGAAGGAGCCUCGGACGAGGAAGAGAUGGUGAUGAGCGAAACGGAGGAGAAAACCGAGGAAGUAGUGGAGAUCGAGUCGGAGAGCGACGAUGAUGACGAUGAUGACGACGAGGACGCUAACGAGGCCGAGGUGAAAGCCCUGGAAGCUUCUUUGUCGACAAACCCGUAUAACUAUUCCAGUCAUGUGGCCCUGAUCAACAAAUUGCACACAAUGGGCGAGCUCGACCGUUUGCGAGCCGCCAGGGACAAUAUGAGCAACUUAUAUCCGCUAAGCCCCGAGCUCUGGCUUGCUUGGAUAAGCGACGAGAUCAAGUUAGCGACUACUGAUGACCAGAAGACUGAAGUAGUCAAACUGUGUGAGCGAGCUAUCCAGGAUUAUGUAUCUGUGGAAGUAUGGUUGGAAUACCUACAGUUCAGCAUUGGAUAUAUAGGCAAGGAUGAAGAAAAAGUUCGCCAACUCUUUGAACGUGCAUUGACUGUUGUUGGAAUGCAUGUCACAAAAGGAGCGAUAAUAUGGGAAGCAUAUCGUGAAUAUGAAAAUAUAUUAUUUGCCUCUCUAUUGCCAUUGGAUGAUGAUAUUGAAAAAAGAAAAAACAAGGCUCAAUUGGAACGCAUUGUAAGUUUAUUCAAACGUCAAUUAUCUAAUUCUCUUUUAGACAUGGAUAAGACAUAUGAGGAAUACCAGUCGUGGUGCGCAAAAUAUGAUACAGAAGUAGAUACCGAUGAAAAGUCCAUUUCGAAAUGCUAUAAACAGAGUUCUGCUAAAUUAGAGUCGUUCCUUCCUUACGAGGAAAAGCUUAUCUCUGCACAAAACCAAAAUGAACUACUUGACGCUUAUAAAGGAUACUUGUUAUACAUGAAACAAAAUAACUCAGAUCUUGUUAGAGUUCUAUAUGAGAGAGCAAUAACUGAUCUAAAUUGUUUUGAAACGUCGAUUUGGUUGGAUUAUAUCGCUUAUCUUAACAUUCCUUGGUGCUCAAUAGUUUGGCAAAAAUGGAUGAGAUCGUAUGAGAAAUGGGACAAACGUAUAUCGGAAUUACAAACGCUAUUAGAGAAUGCCUUGUCUGCUGGGUUUUCAACAGCAGAAGAUUAUCGUAAUCUGUGGAUUAUGUAUCUUGAAUGUCUGCGGCGCAGACUCGAUCAAUAUCCUGACGAAGAGAGGGAUAAAUAUCUGGAUGUUGUUCGUAAAACGUUUAACAGAGCGUGUGAGCAUCUGGCAAAAUACUUUGGCUUGGAUGGCGAUCCUAAUUGCGUUAUCCUACAAUACUGGGCAAGAUUUGAAGCAAUACAAGCAGAUAAUAUGGAACAAACUAGAAGAUUAUGGGCUGAUAUUCUUUCGCAGGAGCAUUCUGCAACAGCUUCUUACUGGUUGGAAUACAUAAUUCUAGAAAAAAGUUACGGAGAUUCAAAGCAUUUAAGAAAACUGUACCAGAAAGCUUUAAGUUCUACACAAGAUUGGCCAGAAAGUAUAGCGAAUUCAUGGAUAGAUUUUGAGCGUGAUAAAGGAACUUUGGAGCAAAUGGAGUUCUGUGAAGCGAAAACGAAGGAGAAGCUCGAUAAAGUUAUGACAGAAAGACAAAAAGCGCAACAAAUUCUUUCUCAGAGUGAAUUGUCCACACAAAAUAAGAAAAUGACGAGUAAGAGAAAGGUUGAUGAUGGCAAGUGGAAAAAUUUAGGAAGUUCCCCAUCGAAAAUCGUGAAAACUGAUGUCCGAAUAAAACCUAAAUUACGAGCAAAUAUUUUGAAUACUGAUAAGAAAACAACAAAUGAUCAAAAGAAAUCAAAGCCAGAUGUCGUACCACCACCUGGUUAUAAAAUGACCGAGGAUGAAGAUAUGGAUGAUAAAGAUAGUCAGCAUGAAGUAGAUGAUAGUAUUACAAUUUUUGUCAGCAAUUUAGAUUACAAUACGACCGAAGACGAAGUAAGAGAUGCUCUAAAAUCCAUUGAACCGAUAACGUUGUUCAGAAUGGUUAAGGAUUACAAGGGACGUAGCAAAGGAUAUUGCUAUAUACAAUUAAGUAGUGUAGAAGCCGUGAAAGAAGCUUUGAAAUUAGAUAGAACACCUAUAAAAGGACGUCCUAUGUUUAUUUCAAAAUGUGAUUCUAACAAGAAUACCAGAAGUUCAGUAUUUAAAUAUCGCUCUACGCUUGAAAAGAACAAACUCUUUGUUAAAGGACUUCCACUUACAAUGGCAAAAGAAAAAUUGGAAGAGAUUUUUAAGGUUCAUGGAGAUGUGAAGGAUGUUCGCCUAGUUACUUACCGUAAUGGACACUCGAAAGGGUUGGCUUAUGUUGAGUAUCAUGACGAAGAAACCGCUGCAAAAGCUCUUUUGAGCACAGACGGUAUGAAGAUUCAGGACAAAGUAAUCAAUGUUGCAAUAAGUCAACCGCCCGAUCGCAAAAAAAUCGAAACAGAGGAAAAUACAGACCAAGUAAAAUCACUAGGUGGGACAUCGACGAGCCGUACAGCAUUUGGCGUGCCCAAGACUUUAUUGUCUAUGGUUCCCCGUAAUGUUAAAAAGAGUAGCAGUAACGGCAGUGCAGCUCCGGAUGGAGAUCACACGCAGUCGAUGAGCAAUCAAGAUUUUAGGAAUAUGUUUCUCAAUAAAAAAUAACUUGCUGUAUCGUACGAGCAUGUUUUUUCUCAGUCUAUUAAUGUCGCAUUAAUUUUAAAACUUAUAUUGGCUAUAUAUUAUGUAAUAUUAAAACUUAUAUGUUAGUAGUAAUACUGUUACAGUGAACGGAUUUACCGUUAAAAUUUAUCAAAUGUGCGUUGUAUAUUGUGAUAUACAAGUGCUGUUAAAAAGUCAAAUGUGCAGGUACUACAAAAUUCUGUACGUUACAUUAUUAUACAUUAAAAAAUGUAUAAAUUGUAUUCAAUUAUGUAUGCGUAUAUACCAGUGCUCUAUUUUUUUACGCAUGUAUAAAUGUUUUUUU